AUGGUCUUCACUCUCUUUUUGCCAUUUUGGGCAGUCGAUUCCUGAGCUGAGGUUAUACUACUCAUCAUAAUCUUAUCCUGAAAAUGCAUGCACUUCAGUUUUAGUUUGGACAGCACGAUGUUCUCAUGUUCACGAGGACAAGUACUGGUGAUUUGAGGACGAAUUGAUUACCCCCCGGCCCGGCUCGCCGGAUUGUUUUGAGGUGCUUCAGUGAAAUAAAUAUCUAACGUGGAAGUCAAUCUCCGUAUAGAAAAGUCAUGCAGUAAAUUGAGUAGGCGUCUGUUUGUACAAAGCAAGGCGUCCAAACGGCUUGGAUUUGGCUGUCUACUAUUCUGAUGGCUUGUCGAUCCGCGAGUCUGCUGUGUGGUUCCUGAACGUGUAUGAGAACAAUUUGGUAUUGCUGAAUCUCAUCCAUAGCUUGUUGAUCAUGGCUGAGGGAGUCUCCAGUGGCGUUGCCUAUUUCACCAAAGUGAUACGGGAUGUUGUUGCGAACGUAUCCAAGAAAGUCCCAAUGUCUCGUGACCAGGUCACAGCGGGAAAGAGUCCAAAGGACUUUCCCGCAUAUCGGGUGGUACCUCUGGAGCAAGUCACAUGUCGCUUCUCAGGACCCGGCCCAGGUGCUGCCGGUGUGCACACGAAGACUGAAGGCGAACCGUCAUGCAAUGUGUGUUGCACGUCGUGGGAUGAGCGGCACGAGAGAGCUGAUGGUGUGGCACUAUCGCUGUAUGAUCAGUCGAAAGAUGAGCACCAACGCAGCACAGGUGAGCCUGUAGCCGAUGUCUUUGGUAUUGUCAGCUACCGUAACGGUGCUUUGCUGUCUGUGGCUGAUGGUGUGAACUGGGGCGAGAAGCCGCGCCUUGCUGCACGCUGUGCCAUCCAUGGUUCGCUUUCGUAUCUUGAAGAGAAUCUCAAGAAUGCCACGACGACGCAGCAGAUCAUAGCGUGUCUUCUCAAGUCUUUCGACAACGCACAGACGCUGAUCAUAAAGCAGAAUGCGACACUGACGACUCUGGUGACGUGCUGUGUUUGCCAAAUCGCCGAUGGCCGGUGGGUAGUGUGUGCAGUGAAUGUUGGUGAUUCUUUCGCGUACAUCUAUUCCGUUCCGAACGGCACUGUGAGAGAAGUCACCGUGUACUCCCACCAAGGCCCAAGAGAUAUGAGACUGGCUGGCGGAACUCUUGGACCAUUUGACGGCUAUAGCCCUGAUCUGGCCAAUCUGACUUGUUCGUUUACGUUUGUCGAGCCCGAUGAGAUUCUGUUUGCUCUAAGUGAUGGUGUGUAUGACAACUUUGACCCUGUUGUCCUGCGCAUGGCCACUGGGCCUCCCCAGCCUUCGGUGGAGGGCUUACCUCACCUCUCACAGUCUGAGCGCGAUGAGGAUGGGCUGAGACGUAUGGGGCGCAUAUUGCAGGAAGAAAUGCCGUCAGGCCGUGUGCAGACAGCAUCCGACGUCACUAUGGCCCUGCUCAGGCAUGUGGUAGGUCUGACGGAGGCCAAGCGCCGCUGUUUCGAGGAGCUCAUUGGCAGUCAUCACUCGGAUAUCAAAAGCCGGUCUCAGCAGCUCCCUGGCAAGUUGGAUCAUGCAACUGUGGCAGCAGUGCAGAUUGGAGCAUUCCCUGUUGAUCCGUCCGAAGAACAAAAGCACAAAUGUGAAACCCUGGCACUAGAGCUAGGCAACCUAUAAAUAUGCAACACGAGUGCAGACACCUUUCCUCUAGGCUACAUGUGAACUUGCUCUUCAUGUUCUUGCCGGUCUCCUAUUUUUGACUAGUGGUUUGCAGCUGACCUGUACAUAACCUUUUCCAAUCUCAGUUUCCCCAUUAUCUUAAGCCGUGUUAGGCACACCUAACCGUUCGCGAUUGAAUAUAUUCAAAAUCCGCGACCGUUCCCCCAAACCCAGCCCCGGGCCAUUUCCCUUCAUUACUCAGAGAAUCUAUUUACCGCUAACACUGCAUUCUGCUUUUUCUUGUGCACUACUUCGAUAACUGUGUAUGGAGCUUUAUUUUUGUAACCAUCUAGAGGCUAUGUGGACAGUUUUUAUCUUUGUCUUUUAUUAUUCUACUUUUAUACUAGGCCUUGUUGCUUUCUUACUGGUAUUUGCGAUUUUAUCAAUCAAUUAUCUUUCCCUUUUUUUGGCUUUAAUUGCGAAUACUCGGCUAACCUCUGCAACGAUUUAUUCUCAUAGGAUGAUGAAAACGACUAUUGUUAUUUGUGUGGUUGGUCAGUCCGCAUUCCGAAAUAGCUUUUUGCUGUUGCUGUGCCAUAACAUGACGUGCUGUGUGUGUGUGUGUGUGUUUGUG